GUAAUCGUACUGAUCGCAUGUUGCGCCUCUUGUUGUUGAGAAAUAGGAGUUAAAAUCACUUAAUAUUACUUACAUUAAGCAACAGAAACAUGAGCUCAGACACAUUAAAUAUAGCUCGCCGAAAGCUCAACGAAGUGCUUGGCGAAAAAUCAACAAAAUACUUCCAUCACAUGAAACAGUGGUUUCGCAUGAAACUCACCAAGGAAGAAUUCGACACCGAAGCUCGAGCCCUGUUAUCUGCAGACCAAGUCCACUUCCACAACGAGUUUUUACUAGCCUUGUUGAAUAAAGUGGAAGGUUUGGCUGAAACAUCAAUUAAUAUCGCUCAGGAGAAAGCGAGCUCACAUAAUAGAAAUAGUCGUCGGCAUAAGCGAAGUUCGCGUACUUCGGAGAAGUCGAACUUCGAACCGGCGGAUUUGCUGGAAUAUUUACCACCGAACUCCCCGCCUGGUGCGGGCAGCGAUGGGGCUCUGAAAUACGCAGCACAGGAAAUCUUCCUCCCAGACCAUGCAUUAGUUGUUGGCCGUUUCAUGCUAGCAGCGUGGGAGCUUGGCCUCGAAGGUGCUGACGACGAAGCAGCCGACCUAAUUGUAGUCGCCGUCCAAAACUUCCUCAAAAACAUAAUCUCAGCUGUCGUAACACAACGGAAAGGUUACAAGCGACGUAAUAAUUUCACGUAUGACGUUGGUGGUGAUAUGCCUAAUAUGUGGCUGCGGAAUACGGCUAAGUUGUAUGAUCCGCAAGGCGAUGGGAGAGUGGAGGUUGAUGAUGCGGUGGAUGGAUUGGGGCCGCGAUGUCCCCCGACUAUUGAUGAGGUGGAACAUGCUACGGCUUAUGAGAUUGCUUGCAGUGUGCCAAACCCGUCGCCAAACGACGACAAACUAACGAUAGACGAGUUCUACAACACGCUCCUGACACAUAGAAACGUCAUAGCCAGCCAUUCAGUAUACGCCGUGAACAUGGAACGACUAGCCGUCAUGCUGAACCAUCCUAGCUAUUGAUAAGGAGGCAAAGAAGACCCCCAAGACAAGGUAGAUCGGCGAUCAAGGUCUCUAGGCACUGUUGGAUGCAGGGCAAGACUGGAUCCUUAGAGGAAAGGGAAUUAUUAUUAUUAUCGCGCACAAUCACAGCCUAAUAUCGACCUUCGCGCAUUCUGACAAGGUUCACUAUCGCCGCGCACGAUAGGCGUGACGGUCAAAGGAUUACGAGCCACCAUUUUGUUGCUGAGUACGAAAAUAAGAGACCAAAUGGGGAAAGUCAUGUUUAACUCGAUCAUUCUAGUUAUUGGCUAUAGAGUUCUAUAACACGCUCUUGACACACGGAAACGUCAUAGUCAGCCAUUCAUAAGCCGUGAACAUGGAACAACUAGCCACGCUAACGCUAGCCAUUAGGCGACAUAGGAGGCAAAGUCCACUGGGGUGGACCGGCAGUGUAAGGGCUGAUUUAGACGGCGCGCGAACUCUCAUGCGAUUUUAGUUACAUUGCGGACUGGGGGUAUCGUCCCAUUCGUUUUUCGUCAAGUUCUUAAAUUAGUCCUAUUCUGCUUUCGUCACUCAUUCUAGAUUGAAAGUCACCGACGAUUGUGACGAAUUUAGGAUAGGUGACGAAAGCAGAAUAGGACUAAUUUAAGAACUUGACGGAAACGAAUGGGAUGACCCAAGACAAUACCGGACUGUGGACUACGUCCAAUCCAACUGACCAAUCAAAACCCGCAAUGGUAUGAAAUUCGCUGGCGAGUGCUCGCAUCGCCUAAAUCGGGCUUUAGGCACUUUUGAAUGAGAGCAGUGAAAGACGGUUGUUUCGGAGAUCUUUGAGUGAAGCUUGAAUCUUCACAGAUAAUUUCUAAGGGUCAAUAAGGGACACCGUGAUGGUAUUUUCUUUGCUGCGUGUGAAGUCCUUAUUGCGCAUUGGACUAGCGUGUGGAUAGCCCGUACCUCUUCCGUACAAUGAUAGAGGGGUCCUGUGCCCAGCAGUGGGACGUCCAUCCACGGGACGACCAUCAUAGAAGACCGUGGCCUACAUGGCUAUGGCGAUGCAACGGCGACAUUAGGCCGUUGAGUGAAGGUUU